AUGUUACAGGGCACGCUUGCUGAGCGAAUUCGAGCAGCAGGAGCUGGAAUACCAGCAUUUUAUACUCCAACCGGGUAUGGAACGCUGAUACAGGAGGGAGGUGCUCCGAUCAAGUACAGUCGAACAGAAAAAGGAAAGAUCGAAAUUGCAAGUCCUGCUAAAGAAACCCGUGUUUUUAAUGGAUAUAAUUAUGUAAUGGAAGAAGCGAUCUGGGGAGAUUUCGCCCUCAUCAAGGCUUGGCGAGCAGAUAAACUUGGCAACAUUCAGUUUAGGCUGACAGCCGGCAAUUUCAAUAACGCUAUGUGCAAAGCGAGUAAAUGUACGAUCGUUGAAGUCGAAGAGAUUGUCGAACCAGGAGUCAUCGAACCCAAUAAUGUCCACAUUCCAUCCAUUUAUUGUGACCACUCAUUACUUGGCAAGAUAGCUAUAAAUAACCAAUUGAGCGCCCAAUGUUCUUGCCUCGUUAACCUCGGUAUUGGGAUUCCAACGCUGACACCUAGUUAUAUUCCUGAAGGUGUACAUGUUCAUCUUCAAAGUGAAAAUGGCGUUAUUGGGGUGGGUCCGUAUCCCCAGAAAGGUCAAGAGGAUCCAGAUCUCAUCAAUGCUGGAAAGGAGACAAUCACAUUACUCAAGGGUGCCUCUAUAGUUGGAAGUGAUGAGUCAUUCGCAAUGAUCCGAGGGUCACACAUGGAUAUCACGCUUCUUGGUGCUCUUCAAGUCUCCCAAUUUGGAGACCUCGCGAAUUGGAUGAUACCUGGGAAACUAGUGAAGGGAAUGGGAGGUGCCAUGGACCUGGUUUCUGCUCCAGGAGCUCGUGUGAUU